CACGCUUCCAUUGUCAUUGCUGAGACAGAAGUCUGCUCUCGUUCGAGUAGCAUCCGAAAACUGACUGACUGGCUGACUUGCAGAAAAAAACUCGGUCCAAGCCUGCCAAACAUUGGACCAAAUGCGGUUUGAUCACCCAAACAACCUGCUCCUCAGAUACCAUCCAUCGCCCAUUCAUACCGUACUCGCCUCGGCCAUCGUCAUUCUACCACAUCCGUCGGAGCAUUCUGCGAGCAGCGCGCGCAGCAGCAUGACGAGUCGCAUUGUCGCAGCAGCAUCCGUGCCGCCCGAAACGGUGGAGUUGCUGCACGAGAGCCUUGCACACGGUGCCGAUGUCAACGCCACCGACCAGUAUGGUGUGAGCCCGCUACAUCUCGCAUGCUGCUCAGACUCGUUCCUAGAGAUUUUAAGCCUCCUGCUGGAGCGAGGAGCCAACAUUGCCGCGCGAACGUCCUUCUCGUCAACACCCUUGCAUUGGGCUGCACGGCAUGCAUCGCUGCAAACGGCACAACGGCUGGUCGAGGCUGGCGCAGACAUUCUUGCUCGUGAUCGCCACGGCUGGCUGCCACUCCACGAUGCCGCUGCUGCUGGCAGUGGAGAGAUGGUGCGGUUUCUGCUCGAGCAGCUGCGGUUGCAACAUGCCGCAGUGGUCGUCAACGGUUUGGUUGGCCAGCUCAAGAACAACACGAGCGGUAAUGUUGUUGCUUGCAUGCCAUCGCGUGAAGAGGAACUCGCACAUCUGGCUCCAGGGCUGGAUCCAUCUGUGCUGAAACCCGAGCCGGACGAGGACGUGGUGCGCAGCCGUCUGGAAUUGGAGCGGAGCGAAUCCCAGCAGCAACUUCCAGAGUGCUGUUUGGAUGCCCAGAAGGCGCUGCCCGUUGUGCACUCAAUUCGCGAGUUUUGCCGAUGCGUUGGGCGGACCAUUUCGGAUCCGAUGCUGGGCAAUCCCUGCUGCGGCGGCGGCGACUCGCGUUCCGAGCAAGGCCCUCUCACCGCUCGUACCAGCCCCGUACCACAUGUAGACGACAGAGACAUGUAUGGCUCGACGCCUCUCCAUGUUGCAGCUGCUUUCGACAAGAUUGCAACAGUCCGGGAACUGGUGUAUUCGGGCGGCGCCGAUGUACACGCCCUCAACCACGACGGACUGACGCCCUUGCACAAGGCAGUCAUUGCUGCUCCCGUCGUCAACUCUGAGGCAAGCAUUCUGGUUGCACGGGAGCUGCUUUUGGCGGGUGCAUGUGCGCACGCUCGCAAACUCAAAAAGCCUCCGCUGGGUGGUCAAGCGCCAUCGUCUGCCUCCGCAAACAUUAUUGAAGCUGGAAGUGGCGGUUGUGCUGUGGCUCAAACAUCGCCAUGCGAACCAUCCGGAACGCUCAACUUUGCAGGACCUUCGUGUCUGCACAUUGCAGCAAUGCAGGGCAAUGUGUGGAUGUGCCGCUUACUGCUCGAGUGCAAAGUCAACCCCGAUGUUACAUUUGUCGGCACGCACCGAGGUUUGAAUGCAAGUUGAAGUGAAAAGGUUUGAUAUGCUGUUGUAAAAGUGACAAGACAAAACAAAAAAGACAUUCGAAAA